UUUUAUAUUCCUAAUUAUAUUUAUAACAAUUUUUUGUUUAGUCUUUAAUAUUACACUUAAAGAAACAUCCACGCGCAAAAUAAUAAAAAAAACAGGGGCAAAACAAAUGAUAUAUCAAACAAAAUCAAAUAACUUACUAAAUCAACCUUUCUGUAAACUAAACAACUUAAAAAGUCAAUUAAAACAUGUAAAUAAUAAUAGAGUAACAGCAUGUAGCAUUAAAACCAGGACGAAAGCACCCCUUUGUGAAAUAUUGCUAUAAUUUGUAUAUGAACGUCGCAUCGUUACAAUCUCGCCGAGUUCGGAUAUCAGUAAUGUGCAUCUAGCCGGCGCGGCAAGUCGCUCAGGCCAGGCGGGAGUUGCACAGUAUUGAUAAAUUGCUUCCCUGUCCCAGGAUCCAGUGUGUCUAAAAAUACAGUCUGGGGGUGGCUGAGGUGCUGCGCGUAACAGCAAUUGGUCAUACGUCUAUCGAUUGAAAUAAGCGCAUGCGGUAUUUAGUUGGUCGCGUUUACCUCUGAAGUGCAUUUGUCCGACAAGAAUAAUUUAAAAAAAUGCCUUCCUGCUCUGUUCUCACCUGUAACGUGCGCGUUGCCGACUUCUCCGAGGACAACGGCUUACGCUUUCACAAAUUUCCUACUGAUGACGACCUAAGGAAACGAUGGAUCGAGUCGACUGGACGUCGCAACUGGAAACCAAAUAAGAACAGCUUCAUUUGCUCCAAGCAUUUCAGGGACACCGACUAUUUCAUCAAGAGGUCUGGUCAACGCUACCUGAAGAACGGAGCCAUUCCUUGCGAAUAUAUCGUUUAUGCGAAUUUGUUCCCCGAACACUUCCCCGUGCCAUCCCCAGAUGUGGCUGAAGAGCCGGAGCCGGUCCCAGUCGAGCACGCCGCCUGCCCAGAAGAGAAGGUUGACGCGGACCUCGAUGACAGCAGCGAUUCAGACGAUGAGAUCGUCGGCUGGGACCAGCUCCAGGAUCUGGUUAACUGCGCUGAAGGCCUCAGCAAUCAGAACGCUGCAAUGAAUCCAGCUUUUCGUGAGAUUAAGAGGUACGCUACUAAGAGGAAGAGUCACACUCGCAAGGACUACCUAUUGGCAGCCGCCAAAGUUAAUGCGGCGAGCGCUCAGUACCUCACAUGUCCGCAUUUAAGCGAAACACAAAAGCUGAGAAUUAAAAAUGGUCUCCAACAUGAGAUUCUAAUCAAAAUGACUCUAAAGCAAUGGAAAUUUAAGAGGAUCUGGCGUUACGUGUACCUUGCUAUCACUGGCAUGCAUCGAGGCCAAAUGAGCAGAUAAAUCAGGAGACACAUCUCGGGUUGGCACGGGGUCACUAGUUUUAAGAACUCACUUCUCCGCUAACACCGCUCAACUUUAGAUAUGAUUGUUCCACUUAUCCUACUGUCUAAUGUUCCUGGACCUGCCUAUAGUCCGCUGUACCAUCUUUAAUACUAAAAUGUAAAUAAUUUGAUUGAUGUAACUACGAUAUAGACUGCUAAAGUCAGUCCCUAAAUGUUAAUUCCCCUGAAUCCUUUAUUAUAUGGCGGGGUAUAUGUGUCGACGGAAAACAAUCGCUGGAUCGCCUGUGUCACAUACCAACGUGUUAACGGAGAACCGGGCUUUUGAUAACAUCUUUUAUAAUAAACCUUUUAUAUCUGAAUAGUACAAAAUAUCCCGUAGUACCUACAUAGAUAAGAUUCAAUCAUUGAUUAUGUGACGAAUUUUGGUUGCCAAAUAACACAAGGUAUUUACAAUAAAUCGGAAUACAGGGAUAUACCAAAGAUUUGAUUAAUGUAAUGCCUGAAGGCCUUGGCUUAAGGGGCUUAUUUUUUUUACGGGUAGAUUGACAUCUGCUUUUAUUACGUUUAGUUUAAUAUAACUUGGCUUGAGUCUCGAUUGACUGUCCUAUGAGAUAAGAACAGGCCUAAAAGAGCGAUCGAAGAUUUAAUGCCGCCCGUCGAAAAGAAUGAUGUAUCCGUCGAAGGUUUAUCAGCUAAUGGAAUGGAGACGUAGCCAUAUAUACUCGUAUUUAUAUUUCUAUAUGUAUUGAUGUUACUAUAAAAAGCAAGGAAAACGAUUUCGGCAUUAGGCCUUCAAAAAUUGGUGUUAGAUUUAAUCAAUUAGAUAUAAGUUUGCCCGAACGAAAACUUCGUACCAUAUUGAUGAACAAGAGAGACACUGGGAACACGAAAGUAAAACGUAUAAAUUGAUGCAAACGUCAAAAGGAACAAAGGAUAAACUACAAAUAAAAUCUAUGGAACAAACAUCGAAUACCUUGACUUAGUCUCGAAUAUAUUGGGGUCGGCUUCCAGUCUCAUUGACAGCAUUAAGAACUAACAAGGAUGGAUCCAACAUCUAACCAAAACAACCCUUUAACUGGGUUAAAGAUACUCUUAGUAAGACUGGAAGCCAGAAAAACAGACACAACCCCUUGACAGUUGGACCAACAGCGUAUUGUAUGCAAAAGCAAAAAUCUUAUGCGUGUAAAAAGGAGGUUGACCAUCUAAAACUAGUCUUGAGAAGGGUCUAACAUUGAUGACAAAUACGGCUCUUACAUAGCCGUGAACAAAUACAUAAUUUGUCAAAUACAAAUCCCGAAGAACUGGAUUUCAAGAAGUGUUUAAACCAUCUACAGUGUUUUGAAGUUUUGGAUUUGGAAAUGUCUGGAAAAUCCUUAAAACACAAGAGGGUUUUCAUUUGAUAACAGGCAUGAGGCAGCUAAAAUAAAAGAAAAGCAGUGGAUAACAUCGGAAUGAAAGAUUCCUUAUGGAUAUUAAGAAAAAUUUAAGAUUAAUGGAAUGCUACAAGUUUCAAUAUUGUGCGCAGUUUUUCGAUUCUGACAUAUUAAUAAUAAUCACCUAUUUUUAAUCAAAGUUUAUUGAUCUCAAUGUUUAAAUAUAAAGAGCGAAUAUUUUGUGGAAUCUUCAAAAUUAUUGAUGUAAUAAAAAAUACUUAAAUGGUAUUGUUUUAUUUGUUUA